CCACUUUUCAGACUUCUACUGAUACACUACACCUUCGACCAUGGCCGAAACUGCCACUAAAGCGGCCCCUGCGGCCGCGACGCCCGUGACGAAGCCAGAGCGACCCGACGAGGAGGUAUACAAAAAGAAUCUCGCACAAGCCGAGAAGGAAUUGAAGGUUGAGGAGGAACGCCUGAAGCAGAUCAAGGCCAAGCUCGACAAUGCAAAGCCGAACAACAAGGACUCUCCCUCGGGCAAGCGCCAGGCUGAGCUCCGCGCCGAAUUGAAGACCAUCCGUGACAGCCAGCAAAGUAGCAAGAGCGGGAGGUCACAGGUCUUGGAUCAGAUGAAGCGUCUCGAUGAGAAGCUCAAGGCGCGAAUCCAAGAGUCCAAGGAGAAGCGUGGCAAGAACAAAUUCCAAAGCGCCGACGAUGUGCAACAGGAAAUUGAUCGCCUACGUGCGCAGGUCGACACCGGCAGUAUGAAGAUCGUCGAGGAGAGGAAGGUCCUCGAGGAGAUUGGCAAAUUGAACCUGACGAAGAAGUCGUUUGGCGAGCUCAACGAUAUACAAAAGUCCAUUGAUCAGGUGAAGGCAGAAAUUGCGGAACUCAAGAAGCAGCUUGAUGACCCAGCUUCCCGUGCACUGUCGGACCGUUACACUCAAAUCACGACUGAGCUGGACAAGAUCAAGGCCGAGCAGGACGACGCGUACAAGAACUUGAACGCUCUGCGCGACGAAAGAACCAAGAUUCACGAGCAGCAGCAGAAGAAAUACGCCGCUGUCAAGGAGCUCAAAGACCAAUACUACACGCAACGCCGCGCCGCUGUCGAGUACGAGCGUGAGGCUAAGCGCAUCCGCGAGGAGAAGAGACGAGCCGAGAAUGAUGCAUACCACCGCGGCAAGAGACAAGAAGCAGCAAAGUCCAAGCUCGAGGAUGCAAGUGCGCCUGCCUACGAUGAUGAGAUUCGCACUACCCGCUCGCUGCUCGCUCGCUUCGGGUCUGCUGUUGAUACGCAACAAGUCACUGGACCUGGUCAAUUUGCCGCUACUGAUUUCCGCAAGGUCGACGACGCCGGCAUCAAAGGGACUGCUCUGAAGAAGAAGGGUGAAGAAGAAGAGGCGUAUUUCGUUGGUGGCGGCGGAAAGAAGAAGAAGGGCAGAAAAGGCGCAGCCAAUGGUACUGCUUCACCUGCUCCUGAAACCACCAGCAAGUUCAAUCUCGAUCUCGGUACCAUCUCUGCACUGGCGAAGGUUAAUGUCGACCCACCAAUGUCGCAAGCCGACGUGCCAUCCGUCGUUGAGACACUCAAGGAGAAACUCGAGUUCUGGAAGAAGGACCAGGAUCGUAAGACGAAGGAGAACAUCGCCAACGCCCAAAAGGAAAUCGACAGACUCGAGGCUGAAUCUACCGAAGCAAAGCCUGCUACUUCCGAGAAGCAAGUCAACGGAUCCGCUUCGACAACUGCUGGUGCCGAGAAUGGUGUCCCUGAGGUGACUGAUGGCGUGAAAACCGCCACGAUCGAAGAGAAGACGACCGCAUAGAUCGAGCAUCAUUACUACCACUAUCACCAGCAAAAGCGAGCGUUUUGUUUUUGGCAUCUCCGACUUUCCCGCUUUUUGCUUGGGAGCAUUGUAUACGGCAGGCAGCGGAACUCUUGAGUACAACAAUCGCUGGCUGUUUGGGGAGCAAAGGAAAGCGGGAAGCAACGGAAUAUUUCUUGUAGCGAUAUUGCAGAUCUUCGAAACAGAAUGAUGACCCUAUCUUGAUUGGUGUGAAAAUUUGAGAAUACCCUUUUUUCC